UUUGGCUAGCGCUUCGGCAAGAAUGAUUUUUGACUGGCUCAAACGCUUAACACGAUCGUAGAGCGUACAGCGUCGCGUCGUCGAUCACUCGUUAGUUCGAGAAGUCGGCUGUGAGCUCUGACGGUUAUAAAAGUAGCAAGGACAUACGUAUGGGCCAUUAGUCGAAAUCUAUUAACGCACAACGCGAAGUCGUCUUAACACGGGCGUUGGCGAGAGUUGGAAAAAUAUUAAGAAAUUAAUUAAUUAAUACAAAGUAAUAAGAAAAUUAUUUAAGCGCGCUUUACCGGCAAGUUAAUAUUAUAUUAAAGCGCAUGUAAAAUAAAAGUUUGAUAAUUAUUAAAAAAUAUAUAUAUAUAUUUAAUGCUCUUUUAAGAGAAAAGACUAUAUACGCAUAAAAACAAUUAUUUGAAUGUGAAAGUUGUCUACCACAAUAAAAAAAAAAGUUUCUGAAAAAGUUUCAAUCUAAACAAAAAGUGCAGUUGGAAAAUUAAAAACUAAAUUGACUGUUACACCAAACAACACCUUACUGAAAAAUCAAACAAAAUAAAUUGGCAAAAAUGAUUGCAGGAUCAUAUUUUAUAAAAUUGCUAACGCGACAAUGCACAACCAAUGAUCUGCAGCACCUGUUGCUUGUCUUUUUCACGGUGCUCACGUUGAUUAGCUUCCUGCAGUGGCUGCUAAACGCCUAUCGCGAGCUGCGCAAGCUGCCGCCGGGGCCGUGGGGCUUCCCCAUUAUCGGCUAUUUAUUUUUUAUGGGCAACGAGAAGCACACACGCUUCAUGGAAUUGGCCAAGCAAUAUGGUUCGCUCUUCUCGACACGCCUGGGCAAUCAAUUGACUGUAGUGAUGAGUGAUUACAAAAUGAUACGUGAAUGUUUUAGACGCGAGGAGUUCACCGGCAGACCGGAUACGCCGUUCAUGCAAACGCUUAACGGUUUUGGAAUCAUCAAUAGCACCGGUAAACUGUGGAAGGAUCAGCGUCGCUUUUUGCACGAAAAACUACGCCAAUUCGGCAUGACUUAUAUGGGAAAUGGAAAGCAUGUUAUGGAGAAGCGUAUUAUGACCGAAGUGCACGAAUACAUUCACAACUUACGCGUCUCCGAAGGUCAGCCU